UAAUUGUGUGUUUAGGGUGCAAUUUAAAAAAAAAAAAAAAAAAAUUAAAAAAAAUUUUAUAACUAUGGAAAGUAACAUUAUAAAUUGGAUAUAUAACAGUAAUGAAUUUAUAUUGGAUAUUUUACUAUCUUUAUCAAAGAAUGGUUUUUAUAUAUCAAAGUCAAGUUUAAAAAAAUUAAUUAAUUCACCAAAUAAAAUUUCAGAAAAAAGUGAACAAAUUACAUUAAUUAAUUUAGAUUUUAUAAAUGAUAAAGAAAAAAUUAAUACCUGUAAUGUAAUAAAUGUAAUAAUAAUUAACAAUAUAUGUUUAAACCAAAGACAUAUAAUUAGAGUAACAGAAGAAAGUAGAAUUGAUCCAAAUGGGGUUAAAUAUGAAAUAAUUCCAAAAAAUUAUAAAAGCUAUUUCGAUAAGAAAUUACCAUUAGAACUGUCACAUUUAAUAUCAAGUAAUCAAUAUAUUAAUUUUAUAAAAUCUAUUAAUUCUGCUUAUAAUGGUCAUUGGAUUAAAUUUUUAGUAAUUUUUUUUUAUAUUAUUGGUUUAAUGGUUUAUUUAAUUUUAUUAAAAAAAAACAUUUUACCAAAUCAAUCUUGGAUUUUUAUUGUAGUUUUAUCCUCAAUUAGUUUUUCAUUAAUUAUUUUUCAUUUAAUAUAUUCACAUUUAAUUAAGUAUAUUAUAAUUAAAAAAAUAAUAUAUGAAUUUAAUAAAAAAUUAAUAUUUCAAAUGAACUAUAGUGAUUUUCAUAAAUUUAUUGAAUUUAAAUUGAUAAGGAAAAAAAAAAAAUUCAUUCAAACAAAUGAUAAAAUAACAUUGGAAUUUGUUUAUUACCCAAGAAAUUCAAUUAAUAAUAAUAAUAAUAUAAAUGAGUUUAAUUUAUAA